UGCAGAGCACGUGCAGAUAACCGAGCUGCAAUCACUGCUCUCUGCUCCAGCUCCAGUAGAGAGAGCUGGGAGAAUGGGGCAGGUGUCUUGGAAGGGUUUGUUUCUAUCGCUUUUUGAUUAUAAAACAGAGAAAUACGUCAUUGCUAAAAACAAGAAGGUUGGGAUUCUCUAUCGAGUGGUGCAGCUCUCCAUCCUGGCUUACCUGGUGGGGUGGGUGUUUGUUGUCAAGAAAGGCUAUCAGGAUACGGACACAUCCCUGCAGAGCUCUGUCAUCACCAAGCUGAAAGGGGUGGCAUUCACCAACACCUCGGAGCUGGGGGAGAGGCUGUGGGAUGUUGCAGACUACGUCAUCCCUCCACAGGGUGAAAACGUCUUCUUUGUCAUGACAAAUUUGAUUGUGACCCCAAACCAGAGACAAACCACGUGUCCUGAGGUAGGAAGAACUGAGUCCUUUGGCUCCCAGACCCCUACAAAACUGGGGAGUGUAAACAUUCCUGAUGCCUUGUGUUAUGAGGAUGAAGACUGCCCUGCAGGGCAAGCAGUGGUGGCCGGUAAUGGGGUUAAGACUGGCCGUUGUUUGAAAGACAGGGACAACAUCAGAGGUUCUUGUGAGGUAUUGGCCUGGUGCCCAGUGGAGAAAAGAUCCAAGCCCAAGAAACCACUUCUCGCCAGUGCAGAAAACUUCACUGUUUUCAUCAAGAACUCGAUCCGGUUCCCCAAGUUUAAAUUCUCCAAGAUGAAUGUGCUGGCCACCAACAAUGAGUCCUACCUAAAGACCUGCCGCUACAGCAAGGAGCAUCCCUACUGCCCCAUCUUCCUUCUGGGGAACAUCGUCAGAUGGGCUGGGAAUGACUUUCAGGAAAUGGCUUUGGAGGGUGGUGUGAUAGGAAUUCAGAUUGAAUGGAACUGUGAUCUUGAUAAAGCCCCUUCUGAAUGUAAUCCCCACUAUUCUUUUAGCCGUCUGGAUAACAAGUUUGCAGAAAAGUCUGUCUCUUCUGGGUACAACUUCAGGUUUGCUAAAUAUUACCGGGAUGCUGAAGGGAUUGAGUACCGGACACUCUUUAAAGCGUAUGGAAUCCGUUUUGAUGUGAUGGUGAAUGGCAAGGCAGGGAAAUUUAACAUCAUUCCCACUGUGAUCAAUAUCGGUUCAGGGCUAGCUCUCAUGGGAGCGGGAGCUUUCUUUUGUGACCUGGUGCUGCUCUAUCUGAUUAAAAAGAGUAACUUUUAUCGAGGCAAAAAGUAUGAGGAAGUAAAGUCCAGUUCCAGGAAGUCAUUGAAUAGCCCUACUCUGAAUGGGAAUCAGAGCCCAGACCAACUCGGUGGGCUCUAGACAUGAUGAUGGGUCUGUCAACUGGAAUCAUGUUCCAGGAAAACUACACAGGUGUGAAAUGACACUGGGACUGGGAGGUGGAGCUACCCCAGAUCAGAUCUACCGUCCAUUAUUGGGAUUUCCAGAGGAAAAAUGUCCUUUAAAGAACACCCUGUUUUCCCUGAGACGUUCUCUGAUAUCUUGAGCUUGCAACACCUGUGUUCAUCACUAUGGAUUUAUAAAAGGAUUUUGUAAGAGGAAAAAGAAGGCACCAAAUGAAUGUUUUUAUAUCUAUUGAUAGAUCUAUCCGUGCCACCAUUAUUCUGUGGCUGUGCUUUGCUUCCAAGUGCAAAAGAGAAGUGUUGUGAAACACCACUGACAUUUUCAGGAGGGUCGUGGCCGACAAUAAACUUGUCUCCUGCUCCGCCAGCUUGCAGCCACAGCUCCCAACUCUCGCUUUUCUUAUUUGCAAGAUUAGAUAUAAAGCAGCAGGACUGCUCUUGUCAGGAAGUGCAACGAAAUGCAGCAUUGCAGAAUUGUAGCAACUGUGUCCAGAAGAAAGUGGUUUAUCAUCCUGUACUGCCCAAUUACUCUUAUUGCCCUGUUUUUGUUGUAACCAUCAGAGCUAGGAGCGGUGCUCCUCCAGGGAAAGCCUUUACAACUGCUGCAACAAGGUGCUCUGCUCAUCUCUCCUGGGAACGUCCGCAGCAGUGCCUGCCACAGCUCUGAGUGGAGAACCAGCUACCUCAUCUGCUACAUAGAUUCUCCAUUUAUAGUUAUACCCAAAUAGCCAGUAUUUCAGAGGACAGAAAGGAUGACAGCGCGCAGAGGAGUAUUUUACGGACAGGGAGAGUAUUAGUAAUAUUAGUAGUGCUGUGGAGAUUGAAAAGUGAAACUUUGUCAGGUCAAACAGGCUUUGCUGGGUUCUUCCAAAUGCAACAACAGAAGGAAAAAGUAGAAGACGGACGUCCACUGUUCUAACAUUUCAGUAUCUUCCAAGAACCACAGGUGCUUCGUUGUUUCUCAAGAGAAAACUAAGUCACUGCAACCCACUUUGUGAAUUUAUGCUCAAGUAGGGAUGCAAUUACUCUAAGAGGAGGAAAAUGAUUACAAAGUAAUGUUAUUUUCUUUUAAAGUUUGGAUUUGCUUGAGCUGACAGGAACUGACUCAGUAAGGCGGUAGGUGAAUAUGCCUCUCUUGGAAAUAUUAGUGCUUUCACAAGGUUUAAAGGCCUCCUGCUGCAGUGUCCUUGCUAGGACAGUUGUAGGGAGGAUGGCAUUGCAGGUAGCUGCUGUCACCUGCUGUUAUACGCAGAUGGAAUCAGAAUGCAACACCUACCUCUGCUUCAAUUUCUCAAAAGUGUUUGUUCUGAGCAAUUUUUUUUUUGUUUUGUUUUUUUUGGUCUAAAUGAAAACUCACCUUUGCUAGAAGUGGCAAACUUCCAAUUCAGUCAUUAAUAGCAAACCCCACCCAGUCCAGUCUUCUCCCUCUGCUCCAGCUUCUGGGCAGAUGUGAGUAAAUAUCAACUAGUCAAACAUUUAGCUAGAAAAUGGAAUUAAACACUGGAGUGACAAUAGUUUAGGAUAAGCUACAUACACCGGGUGCUGUAUUUACAAUGAAAUCCUCCCCUUUGACCCAGAACUCUUGACAGAUAUGCAGCACCCUGCAUAUAAUGGAUAGAUGACACCAGCCAGGCCUACUGGAACUACCAUGCCAACAAAAAAACACAGAGCUUUUUCUAUCAGGGCAUAGUUCUAUUUAAAUAGUUUCUAGAUGGUAAAACAUGUAGUAAACCCCACACGUGACAUCAGGCCAAGGCGCAACUCAGAGACCAGACAGUUCACCAUAACAUGUGAAGCUGACUGUGCCCAACUGAAGCCAAUGCUUCAACUUGACAGAAUUAUGUCCUUCUUAGACAACCAAAGCUUUUUCCUGAAUUUAAGUCUUCACAGGCUUCAGCAUCCCCAAAACUCACUAGAAUAUUUCCCUUAGUUAUAGCAUUCAUUUGCAGUUAAUAAAACAUAAACAGCUUUCCUCUCA